AUGCCUUCCUCAUUAGCAUCCCAUGUUGUUCUCUUUCCAUUCAUGGCUCAAGGCCACACUCUUCCAUUACUAGACUUAUCUAAAGCUCUUUCACUUCAGCAAAUCAAAGUGAGUAUCGUCACCACCCCAUCAAAUGCUAAAUCAAUAGCCGAAAACAUUGCUAACUACCCAAAUAUCAAUCUCGUUGAAAUCUCAUUCCCCAUUGUUGAUGGCCUCCCUAAAGGUUGUGAAAACACCUCUCAACUUCCUUCUAUGGAAUUUUACGGUCCGUUUCUCCAUGCCACCAAACAACUCCAAAGGCCCUUUGAACAGGCACUAAAAACCAUGAUAAAAUCCAAAACCCCUCCUUUGUGUGUUAUUUCAGAUUUCUUUCUUGGCUGGACCCUUGCUUCAUGUCAAGCGUUAGGUGUCCCUAGGCUAGUCUUUCAUGGCAUGGGUGUUCUAUCAAUGGCCAUAGGCAAAUCUGCUUGGGUUCAUGCACCACAACAAAAAUCAAUGUCAAUGUUUGAACCCAUAGACCUGCCUGACAUGAAACUUCCCUUCACUUUGACUAGAGCAGACUUGCCUGGAGAACUAAUCGACUCACCAAAUCAAGAUGACCCAGAAUCUCAAUUCUUAAGAGAAGCAAUGGAGGCGGAAGCAAAGAGUUGGGGAGUUAUUGUUAAUAGCUUCCAAGAGCUAGAAAAGAGUCAUAUCCCUUCUUUUGAAUCUUUUUACAAGAACGAGGCUAAGGCUUGGUGUUUAGGCCCUCUAUUUUUACAUGACAGAAUGAAGGGUCUUGAAAAAUGCACUAACCAAAAGGAUUCCUCUAUGCUAACACCAUGGCUCAAUAAGCAAGUCGCACCAGAUUCUGUAAUGUACGUUUCAUUCGGUACACAAGCAGAUGUAUCAGAUGCUCAACUUGAUGAAGUGGCUUCUGGCUUGGAGGAGUCGGGAACUCCAUUUAUAUGGGUGGUACGUUCAAAGACAUGGUCUUUGCCUAGUGGCAUGGAGGAGAAACUAAAAGGUAGAGGUUUGAUAGUGAAAGAAUGGGUUGAUCAACGCCAAAUACUAUCUCAUCGUGCAAUAGGUGGAUUCUUGAGUCAUUGUGGUUGGAAUUCAGUACUCGAGAGUGUAUCUGCUGGUGUGCCAAUUCUUGCUUGGCCCAUGUUAGGAGACCAAUUUUUGAAUGCUCGAUUUAUAACGGAUGGACUUGGAGCUGCCCUUAGUGUCAAAAGGAUUCGAAAUACAGACUCUAAUGAGGUUCUUGUUUCAAGGGAAGCAAUAUGUGAAGGUGUGAAGGAAUUAAUGGGAGGACAGAAGGGAAAGAGUGCAAGGGAAAGAGCAGAAGCCUUAGGCAGGGUGGCUGGACGGGCGGUUCAAAGAGGUGGAUCGUCUCAUGAUACCUUGAACAAGCUGAUUGACCAACUUCGGGCACGUUAG